AUCAAAGAUGAAGAACAUUCAGAAGGAGUUGCGCAGGAACGAGAGGACGUAAACGCAUGAGGUGAACGUAAACGCUUCACGGAAAUGAAGAAAUACCUGUCGGGACAGCCAUCUGCUCAAAACGGUGGCGGGGAUGAAGAAAACGCUGGUGACGAAGGAUUGUGUCAGUUAGAAACACCUAAUAAUUGUGUGCAGGGUGAAAAGGUGACUACAGACUCUGAUACUGAGGACAAUGCGUUCACUUUUCGGAGAAUGGGAUCCACGGCUGCUCGGCUUUAUCAGACGUAGAACCUCCCACCGUGGUUAGAAAUCAAGGAUUUUUCCCCUCUCAUUGAAACUUUUCGAUCAUCUUUGCUCUUCAGAAUGUUACCAUUUUGGUGUCCAUUUGAUGCUGUUCUUUACGUACACAUAUCAAAAAGUUGAGACGUUUAACCUUGAUUUAGCAAUCAAG